AUGAGGGAGGAAUUCCCACAACUUCAGUUUGAGGCAGCUUGGGCUCUGACUUAUAUUGCUUCUGGCACAUCUGAACACACUAAGGUAGUAAUUAAUCAUGGAGCAGUCCCAAUAUUUGUGAAGCUUCUUGCUUCUCCAAGUCAUGAUGUUCGUGAACAGGCUGUAUGGGCUUUGGGAAUUGUGGCGGAUGGUUCUCCAUAUUGUCGUAACAUUGUGCUUGGUCAUGGAGCUUUGCGUCCUUUGCUAGCUCAGUUGAAUGAACAUGCCAAAUUAUCUAUGCUCAGAAAUGUUACCUGGACACUGUCUAACUUCUGCAGAGGCAAACCACAGCCUGCGUUUGAACAGACGAGGCCUGCACUACUAGUUCUCAAGCAACUUAUUCACUCGAGUGAUGAAGAAGUCCUGACUGAUGCUUGUUGGGCACUUUCAUAUCUUUCUGAUGGAACCAAUGAUAAAAUUCAAGCUGUGAUCGACUCUGGAGUAUGCCCCCGCUUAGUCGAGUUGUUGCUUCAUCCAUCACCAUCCGUUCUUUAUCCCGCCCUUAUGACUGUUGGCAAUAUUGUCACUGGAGAUGAUAGACAAACUCAGUAUAUCAUCAGCAAUAAUGCACUGCCCCGUCUGUUGAACCUCUUGACUGGAGCUCAUAACAAGAGCAUUAAAGAGAAAGCCUGCUGGACUAUUUCCAAUAUCACAGCUGGAGACAGCGAUCAAAUUCAGUCCGUAAUGGAGGCCAACAUUAUUGGAUCAUUAGUCCAGUUGCUUACGAAUGCCGAAUUCGAUGUCAAAAAGGAGGCUGCUUGGGCAAUAUCAAACGCAGCAUCUGGCGGCGCUCACCAUCAGAUCAA